UUUCCUCACCAGCCCAGGCAUCGUCCUACAUACCUAUCUCCUACACAAAACACUCAGGCUCUGCCACUGCUAGUUUUCACUCCACUCUUAACGUUUGACAAUUCCAUUGUUUUCUUGCGCCAAGAUGUCCUCUCAAACUAAGACUUUCUCUGCCGACGCCGUCCUCUUCGACAUGGACGGUACACUCACCGAUUCUAUCGCUGCCGUUGAGGCUGCGUGGGGCAAAGUAGCUACCGACAUCGGGCAGGACCCGGCGUAUGUUAUCGCUGCUACUCACGGCAAGCGCGCCGUGGACAACCUCUCGCAGUUCAAACCCCAUAUCAAGGAGCACGAGAUGGACGAUGAGGUCCAGAGGUUUGAAGAGUCUAUUCUCUUCUUCGCCGACGCGUACAACGUGCACGGUCCUGGCUCUCGUACCAACUCCCUUCAUAAUUCACCCUUCUCAUCCGAGUUUGGCACACCCGCACUUACACCCGCGAGCUCGGCACCUUCGUCGCGUUCGGGUUCGCGUGCGUCAUCUUUCGUCGGAUCUCUCCAACAACUUGCGGCUAUCCGUCGUCCUUCCUUCCUCUCCCGUCUCACGGGUGUGCUCACGAUGUCCGCACUCCCUGAGCGUGAUGCUGUCACAUUCGACGACCCCGUUAUGGAGGAGCAACACCAGGACUUCGUUGCUUCCGAGGAGAAAAAGUUGCAGAAAGAUCAACUUGCGGCAUGGCAGCUUGAGGCUGCAGCCGUUGAUCGCUCUGUGCAAAUCCUUCCUGGUGUGAAGCGGAUGAUUUCUUCAAUCCCUGAGGGACGAUAUGCCGUCGCUACUUCUGGCGCGAAGACUUAUGCAUACGGUUGCAUGACUCGUGUCGGCAUUACCCCACCACCAGUCACCAUCACUGCUGACGACAAGCGAUUGAAGGCCGGCAAGCCUGCUCCCGACCCCUUCCUGCUCGCCGCCAAGUGCCUCGGUUUUGAUGCGAAGAAGUGCGUUGUCUUCGAGGAUUCACCAUCGGGUAUUCGCGCUGGUGUUGCCUCCGGUGCCACAGUCAUUGCUGUCUGCACGAGCCACGAGCGCAGCAAGAUCGAGAACUGCGGUGCGCACUUCAUCAUCGACAACAUGGAGCAGGUUGUUUGCGAGCCGGUCGGUGAGGGAGAGAACGUGCAGUUGAAGUUCACGAUUCUCCAGUAAAUUACUUCGUCCCUUCGCCCUUGUAGCCUUAGCACUCGAUACCACUUCCUCCUAGUCUUUUGUCAUAUGCUUUCGCUUCGUACCCUCGCGUUGUCUGUACUAUAGCUCGCUUGUUUCGCAAUCAUUCAAUGCCUUUCAUUGACUCUCG